AUGGCCCACCCUCCCACUCUCCCACUAUCCCCAGGGACCAUCAUGACCCCCAUCCUCUGUGCUCUGCUGAGCCUUGAUGGAUUCCCCAGACCCUCCCUCAGGGCAGAGAAUGGCUCUUUGGUGCCUGAAGGGAGAAAUGUGACCCUCAGGUGCAGGGUAUCAUGGGUGGCGGAUCUGUACCGUCUGGAGAAAAAGCAAGGAUCUAAAUGGGUCACGAUCAUGGAUGUACCGGUGGCUGAAAACGAGGGCAAAUUUUUCCUCUCAUCUGUGACAUGGAGCCAUGCAGGGACCUACUACUGCCGCUACAGACACGUAUUCUUCUGGUCAGAAUCCAGUGAUGCCCUGAAGCUGGUGGUGACAGACCUCUAUGUCCCGCCCUUCCUGGCAGCCCUGCCCAGCCCAGACGUGGCCUCAGGACAGGACGUGACCCUGCAGUGUCAGUCAGAGCUGUGGUAUGACUGGUUUGCCCUGUACAAGGAUGGAGAAGAGAUCAGCCGCAGCAAGAUCCAGCCUCAUCAAAACGGCUCUCAGGCUAAGUUCCUCUUCCCUGCAGUAACCUCCAUCCAUGGAGGGACUUACCAAUGCUACACCUUUCUCAGCGAUAACCUCUAUCUGUGGUCCUCCCCCAGCGCCCCCCUGGUGCUCAGCGUCUCAGGUGAGGCAGCCCCAGCCCCUCCCAGCCCCCCACCUCUCCCAAGCUCCCUCCGUGCCUGCUCAGGGCCUGUCCCAGAGGACCCCAGAGACCCCACACCACCAGCAGCCUGUCCAGGUGUGUUGGUCCCACAAAGACAAUGUUACUACCAGUUCCCAGGAAAGAGGUUUGAGGAGGGCAGAGCGGGCCUAAAGGGUAACAAGGAAGGGAUUAAAUACUCCCAGACCCCUUCUCUUCCCAAUGCUGCUGCCCAGGAUUACACUGUGGGCAACCUGGUCCGUCUCAUCUUGGCUGGGCUGGUCCUCGUCCUCCUAGGAGUCCUAAUGAUUGAGAACUGGCAUAGUCUCAAUGAUCACAAGAAUCAGUCCAGGGAGCCCGUGUCUGAGCAAUCUGGACAGGCCAGACCUCAAGAAAGAAGUAAAUGA